UUCGGUCAGUCGCCGUUGGAUCGUUGAAGUGAUGUGGUGUGUAGGUUGGUUUCUAAUGUGUUGCUCCCGUUUGACAGAUUUUAGUGCGCUGUUGAAAUUCCCUUCAUAAUUUGGUCACUGUGUUUGUAAUAUUUUUAUGUGAAUUAGUGCAAGAUUAAUUCCCGAUACGAGGCUCUUUAGAAGUUCAUUCCGGUAUUACGAACAUGUUUUUCGACCAAAGCUCUAAAAUAUACAGGCACCUGAUUCAACGUACAUAAACCUAGCCAAGUGAUACUUGACGACAGGGACAUCUACCCCGAGGACUACUACCGGCGACCACCGGCCGUUUAUUUCAUUUCGCAAGCGAUUCUAAUCUUUUCAUUAAUAAGGCCUCAGACAGAUAACCGGUCUCAUACACUUCAAGAAAUACUACGAAGAGUUUUAACUAAAUUUCAGCCAAAUGACGGCUUGUGCUUCAGGCGUUAUUGCAGUCAUUUGAAAGAGAGAGCUUUUUCCUACCUGUAUAUUUGGUUUCCUGUAAUGUGUGACGUAGGGGAAUAGUGUAUAAAGCAUCGUAGUGAUACCUGGGCAAAUUAAACCGUAAAUGGUCGCGUGAAUUGAAUUGGAGUUGUAUAUGUGUAUUGCGCGGUCACCCGACAUUGGUGGUAGCUUUUUUCAUCUAUAGUUCGUGGGUUGAAAUUGUUGGCAGUCUAAAUGAGUAACGAGUCGGGCAUCAGCGAAUCAACACCGCUUCAAACAGCGUCUCGCGAGUUUACCGCUAUUCCAAUCGUGAAUAACAAUAAUACGUACGCGUCGCAUGGUUCGCAAAGUGCAAGGCCGACCACAAAUCAAGAUUCCAACCGCAAUCAGCUCCUACUUGACCAAUCUGCUGGACAGGCGUCUGCUUCUGAGUUAGUGAAUUCAACAAAAAUGGAGAGUAACAGACGGACAAUGACACGAGUGAUUUGUGAUGUCAUCAUCUUAUUAUGUGUGGGGCUUCCAAUAUUAUUUUUCUUCUUAUGGGGAGACGCCUACAAAAGAGGAUUCUUCUGUGGUGACGAAUCGUUAAAUCAUCCUUUCCACGAUUCAACUGUUAAAAGUUGGAUGUUAUAUUUAGUUGGCCUAGGAUUGCCAAUAUGUGUGAUAUUAGCCACAGAAUUCCUUCAAGCUAAUGUUCACAACAACAAUACACCCAAGUAUCGUGUCUUUGAUUGGGACAUACCACCUUGGAUCGCGGAGGCUUACAAACAGAUCGGGGUUUUUGGCUUUGGUGCUGCAUGCAGUCAAUUAAUUACAGACAUUGGGAAAUAUAGCAUUGGCCGACUCCGACCGCAUUUCUUCUCGGUUUGCCAUCCGAUUCUCCCCGAUGGUACAGACUGUUCGUCGCCGCAGAAUCAAGGAAAGUAUAUUGUGGAUUUUACAUGUGCAAACGAUCCAACAGCCCGUAUACUCAAGGAAGUUCGGCUUUCCUUUCCAAGUGGACAUUCCAGCUUUUCGGCAUAUACUAUGAUUUAUUGUGCGUUAUACUUACAUUCAAGGAUGACAUGGAGUGGAGCCAAAUUACUUAAACAUGGAAUACAAUUCUUCUUGAUUUCAUUGGCGUGGUUUACGGCUUUGAGCAGAGUAUCAGAUUAUAAACAUCAUUGGUCUGAUGCAUUGUUUGGCUCCCUUAUUGGAACGCUGACGGCAUUGGUAGUGGCAAACUUUAUUUCGGAUCUUUUCGACAAACGUUCACGGCAAGUCUAUCGCAAGCAAUCUACAGAACUAUCGAAUGCUCCAACAAAUGGGCACGUUUAAAUAGCUUGUAUAGAUAAUCCUACGUCAGAAUAUUAUUUAAUAGUAAGAAUGUUAGUAGGAUGAACUUAAAAUCUUAAUAUAUCACAUUCAUUAUUUAUUCAUGGAAAGCAUUAGCAACAUUUUCUAUUUGUUUUUCAAAUAUAAUUAUAUUUGGUGAAAAUUCCGCAAAGAAAAGGAAAUAUUUAAAGAAAGCUUGAAGCUUGAAGCUUUUCCUUAAUAUCAUUAGGAUGGAACUAAGUGAAUAAACUGAUCCUAUUUAAAGUUGUAAUUGAUUAUCUACAGUACCUUUGUUAAUUUUCUAGUAUUUUUUAUAUAUUUUUGUAUGUACGAAUAGGAAUUUACUUUAAAGAAAAAUGUUUCUCUACAAGGGGGGACUGUAAAGAAGUCGUAAACGUAAAUAAGUGCCAAGCACUAUAAAAUAAUUCGACUAGAAUUCGUAUUAAAUACAGAAAAAUGAAUCUUUCAUUGUAUACAUAAUAUUUUAGAAAUGUUACUACUUAUAGGAUUUUCGGCAACGAUUAAUGAAAAGCAUAUUUUUUCAGUCGUACUUGAACUCAUUCUUCUAUUGACAUCUAUAAUAAUAUUUGUAGAAUUCAAUAGAACUCACGAAUCAAUAAGCAAGCUAUUUGCUUCGUGGAGAACUUCUUAGAAUUUAAAAAGAAAGUUUACUAAAUAUAUAUUAAGCAGGUAUUGACAUUACAGUAUUUCCAGUAGGUUGUAUUUAAUAUUUUCAAUAAAACGACCAAUUCAGAAGCUCCAAGAUUUUAGCUUAAACUCUAAUAUCAAACUUUAUAUUUCAACGGAGGAAAAUACAAUUUGAGGAACGUUAUCAACGUGUUCCGGUGAUUCGCAAGGCCGAUAAUAAUGCCCUACAUGUAGCAUUAAGUAUGCUUCUAAGGUUAUAAGAGCUUCUUUUCACCAACACCGAGUCGCUUUGUAUAUAAUAUGAAAAUAAAUGAAAUGUUUCCAAUAACA